AUGUGCAUUCCCAUAAAAUUUGUCCCUUCUCGGAUGCAAGACACUAAGGCAAUCCUGUGUGCCCGUGGGCCAGAGGGGCAAGAAUACAGAGCCCUUCUUGUUGGACGCACCACGCCUCCAGAGGCCCAAGGGCCUAUGAAGGUACCAAAGGGUAAAGGUCUUGUCCUUGAAUUCAAAAACCCCAUGGAGACAGCUAGUGAUUUCACAGCACAGGUUGACCAGGCUGCCUUUGCUCUAGAUAAGAAGACGUUCCGCCUUGAACCACGAAAAUCCACGACUAUCACUGUUUCACUUAAAACUGAAGCACGCGCCACAGGGCGGCUCAUCAUCAGCGCUGAAGCUGCGCCAAAGUGGAUUAUUUACCUGAAAACUGACUGA